GCGGGGCAGGGCGGGGGCACGGGCGUGGGAGGCGGAGAGACGCGUCUGUCCGCGGGGACGGAGACGGGGACAAGCACGGGAACGGAGCGGGGUAUGGUGGCAGGACCGGCAUGUCGGGGGCGGUGCUGGGGUGCUGGUGCCUGUGACAGAAUGCCGGUGCCGGUGUCUCGGUGCUUGUGCCGGUGCCGGUGUUUGUGCCGGUGCGUACGUGUUGGUGUGUCGGUGUUUGUUUGUGCCAGCGCUGGGGUUUCUGUGGGUGUGCCGGCGUGGCGGUGACAGUGCGGAGGUGUCGGUGUAGGGAUGUCAGUGCCCACGACAGGGUUUCAGCGUUGCUGUUGGGGUGUGGGUGCCAGUGCUGGUACCCUCGGUGGGUGUACUGCGGUGCUGCUGCUGGUGACAAAGUGCCAGUGCUGAGGUGGCAGUGCCAGGGUGUUGGUGCCGGAGUGUCAGUGCUGGUGACAAGGUGCUGGUGACAGUGUUGCUGGUGCUGGGAUGUCAGUGCUGGUGCUGGGACAUCUGGUGGCGGUGUCGGUGCUGCUGAGGUGCUAUUGGUCCCUGUGAUGGGGUGAUUAUGGUGGUGCCAGGGUGUGGGUGCUGGUGAUACAGUGCAAGUGCCUGUGACGGGUGCUGGUGCCGGUGCUGAUGCCAGUGCUGGGGUGGCUGAGGCGGUGCCCAUUCCCCAGCAGGACGGUGGCAAUGGCAUCAGACGAGCGGCUGGCCCGCUUCCGCCAGGCCCACCUGAACCCCUUCAACAAGACCCCUGAGGAGCUGGAGCGCCCUGAUGAAGAAUCCCCUGCCCCAGCCCAGCAGCCGGAUCCCACCCCAGGGGACCCCGAGGGCGCCCUGGACCUGGGGCUGGCCGAGGACCACUUCUCCCGCCCCGUGGGGCUGAUCCUGGCGUCGGACGUGCCGCAGCUGCGCCGGGCCAUUGAGGAGUGCAAGCGGGUGAUCCUGGCGCUGCCCGAGCACUCGGAGCGGCAGAAGGACGCCGUGGUCCGGCUCAUCCACCUCCGCCUCAAGCUGCAGGAGCUCAAGGACCCUGGUGAGGACGAGCCCAACAUCCGGGUGGUCCUGGAGCAUCGUUUCUACAAGGAGAAGAGUAAGAGCGUCAAGCAGAUGUGUGACAAGUGCAGCACCAUCAUCUGGGGGCUCAUCCAGACCUGGUACACCUGCACAGGCUGCUACUACCGGUGCCACAGCAAGUGCCUGCCGCUGGUGAGCCGGCCGUGCGUGCGGGCCCAGGUGAGCCACCAGGCCGAGUACCAGCUCAGCAUCUGCCCCGAGAGCGGACUGGACAGCCAGGACUAUCGCUGUGCUGAGUGCCGGGCCCCCAUCUCCCUCCGGGGUGUGCCCAGCGAGGCCCGGCAGUGUGACUACACCGGCCUCUACUACUGCUCCAGCUGCCACUGGAACGACCUGGCCGUGGUGCCCGCCCGUGCCAUCCACAACUGGGACUUCGAGCCCCGCAAGGUGUCACGGUGCAGUAUGAGGUACCUGGCACUGAUGGUGUCACGGCCGGUGCUGAAGCUGCGGGAGAUCAACCCACUGCUCUUCAACUACGUGGAGGAGCUGGUGGAGAUCCGGAAGCUGCGCCAGGACAUCCUGCUGAUGAAGCCCUACUUCAUCACCUGCAAGGAGGCGAUGGAGGCGGCUGCUGCUGCAGCUGCAGGACAGGCAGCACUUUGUGGAGAACGACGAGAUGUACUCGCUGCAGGACCUGAUCGACAUCGAGGCCGGGCGCCUCGGCUGCUCCCUCACCGAGAUCCACACGCUCUUUGCCAAGCACAUCAAGCUGGACUGUGAGCGAUGCCAGGCCAAGGGCUUUGUCUGUGAGCUGUGCCGGGAGGGCGACGUGCUCUUCCCCUUCGACAGCCACACCUCGGUCUGCGCUGACUG